AGAGGCUGAACUACGCACGAUCGUUAGUUAUCGUCUGAUUUGUGUUACGUAGCGAAAUAAGGAAAUUUACCAUCGUUCGUUGGUCAUGGCUGUGAAUCCUACAUCAAAGAUUUUGUCCAAAGUCGUAAACAGCAGAGUAGGUCUGAACUUCUUGGCGAACGGUCGUAAAUAUAUCCACGUAACAUCUGCAGUCACAAUGCCGGUCAAGAGUGGAGACAAGCUACCAAGUGUAGAUUUGUAUGAAAACAGCCCUGCCUCUAAAGUAAAUAUUGCUGAAUUGACUGCCAGAAAGAAAGUUAUUAUCUUUGGUGUUCCUGGUGCCUUUACUCCUGGUUGUUCAAAGACUCAUUUGCCAGGCUAUGUUUCUGAUUUUGACAAAUUCAAAUCAAAGGGAGUUGAUGAGAUUGUUUGUGUUUCUGUCAAUGAUCCAUUUGUGAUGGCUGCGUGGGGAAAGGAACAUAGUGCAGAUGGAAAAGUCCGAAUGCUGGCAGACACCAAUGGCGCUUUCACGAAAGCCAUGGAUCUAGAAAAGGAUUUGACAGGACCUUUGGGUAGCAUCAGGUGUCAACGCUUCUCAAUGCUUGUUGAAGACGGAGUAGUUAAGACUGCAAAUGUUGAGCCUGAUGGUACAGGCUUGACUUGCUCCCUAUCCAAUAGUCUAUUGUCUCAAUUAUAGAUGUGUGAUUUAAGUGGGACUAUAAAAGCAAUUUCUGGUUUUAGCCACGUAUCUCGUAGAUAGUAUACAUCAGCCUCCUUGUGUUAUAAAAUAACAUGGUGAUUGAAAAUAUUCUUCCUGCUUAUUACUUAUGCACCAGUUAAUAUACAGUACCUUACUGAAACCUGAA